CGUCUGACUGGCGCAGGACGAAGAGUCGUCGCGCCGCGCUGCGGUCCGGUCGGUUCUCGGUUGUACGUUCCCGGGGUCGCCGCGGAGCGGCGGGCACACUUCCAUAGCGGGUCUCGGGCCGCCGAGUGCCGUCUUCACCCAGCGCCAUGGCUGUGGCCGCUGUCGGCCGCCCGGGAGCCGCGCGCUUCCCGCUGUUGCGCCUGCUGUCCUUCCUGCUGGUGGCCGGCCCUGCGCUGUGCUGGAACGACCCUGACAGAAUACUGUUGCGGGAUGUGAAAGCUCUCACGCUCCACUAUGACCGCUACACCACCUCCCGGAGGCUGGACCCUAUUCCACAGUUGAAGUGUGUUGGAGGCACAGCUGGUUGUGAUGCCUAUACCCCCAAAGUGAUCCAGUGCCAGAACAAAGGCUGGGAUGGUUACGAUGUCCAGUGGGAAUGUAAGACCGAUUUGGAUAUUGCAUACAAAUUUGGUAAAACUGUGGUGAGCUGUGAAGGCUACGAGUCCUCUGAAGACCAGUACGUGCUCAGGGGUUCCUGCGGCUUGGAGUACAACUUAGAUUACACGGACCUGGGCCUGAAGAAACUGAAGGAGUCUGGGAAGCACCAAGGCUUCUCUGAUUAUUACCACAAGUUGUACUCCUCGGAUUCCUGUGGCGCUGGUGGACUGGUUACCAUUGGGGUACUGCUUGUUCUCGCCUUUGUGGUUUAUAAGCUGUUCCUCAGUGAUGGCCAGGGUUCUCCUCCACCGUAUUCCGAGUACCCGCCAUACUCCCAGCGCUAUCCGAGGUUUACCAAUGCGGCAGGAGCGCCUCCCCCUGGCUUUAAGUCUGAGUUCACAGGACCACAGCAUGCUGGCCAUGGUGCACCUUCUGGCUUUGGGAGUGCGUUUGCAGGCCAAGGCUGUGAUGGUUCGGGGCCAGGGUUCUGGACCGGCCUGGGUGCUGGAGGGUUGCUAGGAUACUUAUUUGGCAGCAACAGGGCGGCAACCCCCUUCUCAGACUCGUGGUACUACCCGUCCUACCCUCCUUCACACACUAGCACCUGGAAUAGUCGGGCCUACUCACCACUGGGCAGAGACGCAGGGAGCUAUUCUGCAUCCUCAAAUGCAGACUCAAGAACCAGAACAGCAUCAGGAUAUGGUGGCACCAGAAGACGAUAAAACAAAGUUGGAAGCACACACUGGAUACAGAGUUUCUGAUUUAUCAUCGUCUCUUUAACACCUGGAUGAUGGGAAUAUCCAAAAGUUAUGUGGUGUUUGUUCUUGUAUAGCUAUUCAUGUCCUGUUGUUUGUGGCCAAGACUUGAUAGGUGACCAAGUG